AUGAAGCAAAAAGAAGGAGAGAGGUUUGCCGAUUGCAUGCUGCGUUUACGCCAGCAAGCGUCAGAUUGUGGGUUCGAUAAGUAUUCGAACGAAAUCCGGGAUGUUCUGACAGACAUAUUUUUGACGGACGCAGUAGUUGAAGGCUGUGCGUCCACGGAAUUGCGACGUCGGAUUCUACAGCAAGAUCGUUCACUCGCGGAAAUAGAAUCUUUGGGAGUCGUUUUGGAAAGCAUUGACAUUCAAGUCAAAGAUUUAAAUGGAAGUUCCAAGGUGGCCUCAAAUGGUCAACAAGCGUUCAAGAUAACUGCUGCAAUCAAGGGAGGCCACGAUCGAAUGCCACAAAAUACACGUCGCGAUCCGAUGAAGUUUAUCCCGCCGCGAGACAAUCUGUCCUACCCAAAGAUUAUCCGUUGUUACAACUGCGGUCGUCGUGAUCACAUCUCAACAGAUAGAAGAUGUCCGGCGCGUAACAUCGUGUGCCAUGGAUGUAAAGUGACUGGGCAUUUUGAGUCUUGUUGUCGUCUGCGAGGUUCUAAGAAGAAGGCUUUGCCAGAUAAAGAUCGUAUUCGUGCCGUCGAAGAGGACAAAGUUGCAGGCCCACCAGUUCAACAUAACCCCGAGAAGACAUAUUAUGCAUUUUAUUCAGGAAAUGAUACCAACGUACUUUCCUGUGAAGUGGGCGGAGUAAAACUGGAUCUUCUGAUUGAUUCAGGCUCCGAUGCAAAUUUAAUUCCGGAUACGGUUUGGGAAAGCUUGAAGCAGGCUAAGAUCAGACCCAUACGUCGGGUCCCGAUUCCUCUCGAAGAUGCCGUAAAUCAAAAACUUGACCAGUUGCUGACCAAAGACAUCAUCGAGGUGAAGCAAGGUCCAGCCUCUUGGGUAUCGCCCCUUGUAGUUGUCGGGAAGCACAACGGUGAACCCCGUAUCUGCUUAGAUCUGCGACGAGUCAACGAAGCGGUCCUUCGUGAGAGACAUCCUAUGCCAGUCGUCGAUGAAUACAUAGCGAGGUUGGGCAAAGGAAGAUUUUGGAGCAAGCUGGACAUCAAGGACGCCUUUCUGCAGGUCGAGCUAGCACCGGAGUCGCGGGAUGUUACAGUGUUCAUCACAAACAAAGGAUUGUUUCGUUUCAAAAGGCUUCCUUUUGGUCUCGUUACGGCACCCGAGUUGUUCCAAAAGGUGAUGGAUCAAAUACUGGCAGGUUGCGAAGGGACGUCCUGGUAUUUGGACGAUGUGAUCAUCGAAGGAAGCACACGAGAGGAACAUGACGAGCGACUGAAACAGGUACGUUGA